CUUCAGUGUAAACGGAAGUAAACAAUGUCAACGACCAAGAAACAUUUCCACUUUAGCGUUUUUAAUUGGGUUAUUUAGACGUUUAUCAACACAAUAUAACUCAGAAUAUGGACCAUUUAACAGCACAGCACCACACUCUUACCCCAUGUAGUCUUUAAUUCGCGUUGUAGYCAGGACUUUAUUGAUAGAUGUUAUCUAGGUAACGCUAGCUAGCUGCUAACGUUAGCUAACAAUGGCUAACUGUAUGGUUUUUCACACUCAAAUAGCCUCCAURAUGGAGGUGCUWGCGAAUGCUGCCGUGGCAGAUAUUUGUAAACUCGUAGACGACGACUAUGCAGUGUUUCGUUUGGAAAUUUCUCAAAGCCAGAAUGAUAACAGGGCAUUGCGGAGGAAACUACAGUUACUGGAACUGAAGAUGGCACGGGAGCGCGCAGAGAGGACAAUGCGAGAUCGCGUCGUCGCCAGUCGUCCUAGUAGUGUCAAGAUCCUCGACCGAUACAGAGGAAUGGCAAGAGGUGAAGGAAAUCUCAAUGGGGGCCACAAGAGCUUUGUGAAACCAGCGGGACACAAUACAUGGAGCGAUGACCAACCAAUCACUGUUGAUGAGGGGAGUGGAACCUCAACCCAGCAUGUUAUCGUGAUAGAGGAUGCAGAGGCUGCAGGUCCUGGGGUCAAACUGGAGAGUUCUGAAGGAGAGGAGGACACACGGCACAGCAGUGACAUCCAGACUGGACUGGCUGGAGUACCCCCUGUGGCCACGGAGGACCGUACCACCGCCUCAGCGCAGCCCAGGACCCGAAGCAGCAUCAUGGAGGAGGAGGAGGGUCUGGAGGUGCUGCUGGUGAAGGAGGAGGGGUGUGAGGAGGGUCUGGGGAACCCUYAGGGGACCAUGGUCAUYGAGGACAACCAUACUACACCUCCUGAACCCACAGAGGAACCAGCUGAGCAGCACAGGACCUCACACAGUAUCACUGAGUCAGUAGACAUGGAGGAUGGGAAGCCUGAUCUGCCUCAGCCUAUCAGAAAAAAGGGCCGGCCCAUCCUGAUAGGUCCAUCCAUUGCCCACUGA